GUCACGUGGCGCAACAGGGCCGGGCGACGUCAACGCAGCGGGCGGAGCUCUUCCGAGUGCGCGGUGUCUGGGGCCUGUGAGUAGUCGCCCGGCUGUGUAGGGCCUGAGCCGAGCAGCUUCGUGGCAUCAUGGACAACUCCGGGAAGCAGGCUGAGGCAAUGGCGCUGCUGGCUGAGGCGGAGCGCAAGGUGAAGAACUCGCAGUCCUUCUUCUCCGGCCUCUUCGGAGGUUCAUCCAAAAUAGAGGAAGCAUGCGAGAUCUAUGCCAGAGCGGCGAACAUGUUCAAGAUGGCCAAGAACUGGAGCGCUGCUGGGAAUGCUUUCUGCCAGGCUGCCCAGCUGCACCUACAGCUCCAGAGCAAACAUGAUGCAGCCACCUGCUUCGUGGACGCAGGCAAUGCUUUCAAAAAAGCUGACCCUCAAGAGGCCAUUAACUGUCUAAUGAGAGCAAUUGAGAUCUAUACAGACAUGGGCAGAUUCACAAUUGCAGCCAAGCACCACAUCUCCAUUGCUGAGAUCUAUGAGACAGAACUGGUGGAUGUGGAGAAGGCUAUCGCCCACUAUGAGCAGUCUGCAGACUACUACAAAGGCGAAGAGUCCAACAGCUCAGCCAACAAGUGUCUACUGAAGGUGGCUGGCUAUGCUGCACAGCUGGAGCAGUACCAGAAAGCUAUCGACAUCUAUGAGCAGGUAGGGACCAGUGCCAUGGACAGUCCCCUCCUCAAGUACAGCGCCAAAGACUACUUCUUCAAGGCUGCCCUCUGCCACUUCUGCAUCGAUAUGCUCAACGCCAAGCUUGCUGUUCAGAAGUAUGAGGAGCUGUUCCCAGCCUUCACUGAUUCCCGGGAAUGCAAGCUGAUGAAGAAGCUGCUGGAAGCCCAUGAGGAACAGAAUGUGGACAGUUACACAGAAUCGGUGAAGGAAUAUGACUCCAUCUCAAGGCUGGACCAGUGGCUCACCACCAUGCUGCUGCGCAUCAAGAAGACCAUCCAGGGUGACGAGGAGGACCUGCGCUAGGCCUCCAGCCACUGCUUUCCACCCAUCUGUCAGUAGAGAGGUGGGGCCCAACAUCUCCCACAGGAGUUUGAAGGCCGAGUGGGUGCAACGCGGGCCACAUCCUCCAGGGCACCAGGCAGGCUCUGCUGGCUGGAUGAUCACCCUGUGCCCAUCCCUCACCCUGCCAUUUAUUUAAGCCCCCAAAGGUGUCCUCCUGCCCUGGAAACCACCUGGACAGAAUCUCCAAUACAGACCUCUCUGUGUGUGGCAGGAACCUGGGGUCAAGCAUCCGGUCCCAUCUUCUUACCAGCUGUGUGCUAAGGCUUUUUCUAUCUUUCCUACCCUGUCCCCCAACAGAGAUAAGAACACAGGUAGCCCUGAGACAUGCUUUUCCUGGCUGGUGGUGACUUCUACCCCUGGAGCCUUCCCCUGCUCCCUACAGUAGCAGCCUCUCAGGUUAGAUCCAGCCCUGGAACUCAACAGGGUUGCCUGGGCCCUGCUCUACGCCUGCUUUUUUCCCUGCAUCCAGGUCUAUCUAUCGACCUGAAGCUGCAGCUGGCCCAAAAAGGACAAUAAAAUCUGCCACUUUUGCAUGA